UUGUAUGGCUGAGAUUCCCGCCAAAACUUUGAGAAAUUUGAGAUGUCGACUCCUUCAAUACCUCUGCAACUUACUCCCUUGACAAAAAUAUCAACCGUAGGGACAUGGAACUCGCUGAUCAGAGAAGCUUUAAACCGAAACAACCCUCGAAAGUCUCUUUUUCUCUUUCGCCAAAUGAAGCAAAAUGGCGUUGAGCCGAACAAUCUGACAUUCCCCUUCGUUGCAAAGGCAUGUGCUAAGCUCUCCAAUCUCAACUACUCUCAAAUCAUUCAUACCCAUAUUGUGAAAUCUCCAAUUUGGUCUGAUAUUUUUGUACAAACAGCAACGAUUGAUAUGUACUUGAAAUGUGAUCGAUUUGACUAUGCGUAUGACUUGUUCGAAAAAAUGCCCGAGAGGGACGUUGCCUCAUGGAAUGCAAUACUUGUGGGUAUAGCGCAGUUGCAUUUUCCCUUUAGAUUCUCUUGUCUUUUUCGUGAGAUGAGAUUUGGAGGAAUUAAGCCUGAUUCUAUCACAGUAAUGGCUCUGACUCACUCUGUUUUGCACACUAAGAAUUUAGAGUUGAUGAAGUCUGUUCAUUCAUUUGGGUUUCGGAUUGGGACUGAUGCUGAUGUUUCUGUAGCUAACACUUGGAUUUCUGCAUAUGGGAAAUGCGGCGACUUGGUGUCAGCAAAGAUGGUUUUUGAUGAAAUUGACACAGAACUGAGGACUGUUAUAUCAUGGAACUGUCUGAUUGCAGCCUACGCAAACUGUGAGAAAGUUAACGCUUUUCGAUUUUAUCAAUUAAUGUUGCAUGAUGGGUUUAAGCCGGAUAUAAGUACCAUUCUUAGUUUGCUAUCAUCUUGUGUGCAACCUGUUACUCUGUUUCGAGGUAGGUCGGUUCAUGCGCAUGCAAUCCAGUUAGGUUCUGAUCUAGAUGUAGCAGUUCUUAAUACCCUCAUAUCAAUGUAUUCAAAAUGUAGAGAUACUGAUUCAGCAAGAUUUAUAUUUGAUGGCAUGUCUGUUAGAACAUGUGUUUCAUGGACUGCCAUGAUUUCUGGGUAUGCUGAGAAAGGCGAUCUGGAUGAAGCCAUGGACCUGUUUCGUGCUAUGGAAGCAGCUGGGGAGAAACCUGAUCUGGUUACUGUGCUUUCUUUGGUCUCCGGUUGUGGCCUUUCAGGGUCACUUGAGCAUGGUAGAUGGAUUGAAGGUUAUGCUAGGUCUAAUGGGUUCAAAGAUAACGUGAUACUUUCUAAUGCGUUGAUAGACAUGUAUGCCAAAUGUGGAAAUAUAUAUGAUGCUCGGGAUCUCUUUAAUGCCAUGCCUGAGAGAACAAUUGUCUCAUGGACCACUAUGAUCGCAGGGUAUGCUUUGAAUGGAUAUGUCAUGGAAGCGUUAAACCUUUUCAGCGUCAUGAUAGAUUUAGGUCUGAAACCAAACCACAUAACAUUUCUUGCUGUCCUCCAAGCUUGCAGUCAUGCAGGUUUUCUUGAGCAAGGAUGGGAAUGCUUCAAUGUCAUGAAGAAGUACAAUGUCUCUCCUGGACUAGAUCAUUAUUCUUGUAUGGUAGAUCUUUUAGCUCGAAGAGGAAAGCUAAAAGAAGCUUUGGAAUUAGUCAAAAAUAUGGUUGUUAUACCUGAUGCCGCUAUAUGGGGUGCAUUGCUCAGUGCUUGCAAGAUCUACCGAAAUGUAGAGAUCGGGGAGUAUGUGGCUCGUCAUCUUUUGGAAUUGGAGCCUCAGGUUGCUGCUCCAUAUGUGGAGAUGGCCAACAUAUAUGCAUCAGCAGGAAGAUGGGAUGGAGUUGCUAAGAUAAGAUCAAUGAUGAAGCAUAACAUGGUUAGAAAGAAUCCAGGCCAGAGUCUCAUUCAGAUUAACGCGAAGAAUUGUGCAUUUACAGUUGAAGAUAGAGAUCAUCCUGAAGGUGUACUAAUAUACGCAGUGCUGGAUGGUUUAAGCUUGCUAUCAAAAGACACUUUGGUAGAACACCUUAACUACCAAACCGUGAGCUAAUUUUUGCUGAGAAUUUGACAUUAAUGUGCGACUGGUUCCUGAUAUCUCAUAUCUGUUGCCAUUAUGGUGAAGAAGAAAAGAAAAGGAAAAAGUAAGAAACAAUAAUCAGCUGGCAAUGAAGUGCAAAAUGGAAGAAACAAACCACUUGAAAGACCAUAAUUUGAAUUAUGAAUCAUCCUUAAGUGGAAUAAAAAGAACAAACCCUAAGCAAAAGACAUUACUGCUAUGAUGAAUAACUUGUUGCAGAUCAUCUCAAGAGAGAAAAAAAGAAAAAAAAAAGAAAGAAACUUGUUGCAGAGCUUCCACUUAUGCCUGGGACUGGUCCCAAUUUCUCAACUGAUAAAAGCAGCUACCCAGCUGAGAGCUCAAUUGUCGUUCACCAAACAAAAAUGGUGAGAUGUUAUAGUUUCUAGUUUUUCCUGUAAAACACAUUGUAUCAUUUGUUUUACCAUUGCAUUUGAAGAAUCUGAUUACAAUAGCACAGGAAGGGCAACUAAUUUUCAACAGUCAUUCAAAUCGUCAAAAGCCUUGUAAAGCACAAAGGUAUAAUAUAUGGUAGAUAUAUCAAAAAGAAAAUUUAUUACAAUUCUUAGCACUGAUGAUGAGGAAUCAGGAGUGACAAGCAUAAUCAAAUAGUUCUCUCAAUUCCUAGCA